AUGGACUUAAAGAUCAACAAGAAACGGAGGAGGAGAGGGAUGGAGGAUCAGUUGAGGAUUAGAUGGGGCAAUCUGACUUUGGCCAAUGCAUUGGAUAUAGGGGAUAAGUUGAUGGUGAGGGAGACUUGUGGGAGUGGAGGGGAUGUUGAUAGUAUGUGGGACGUGACUGUCAAUUGCAUCAAGGAGGCAGCUAGAGAGGUGUUGAGGGUCUCGAGAGGCAGCUCGGGCAAGCACCAAGGAGAUGAUGGUGGAACGACGAGGCUCGCCAAGGUUAGAGAGAUAGGGGCUCAGAACCUGGAUCAGGUAAAGUGUAUUAAGGAUGUGGAUGACAAAGUUCUGGUAGAGGAGGGUCGUAUUAGGAAGAGAUGGCAGUCUUACUUUUAUAAGCUCCUGAACAAAGGAAGGGAUACUAGUAUUGUGUUGGGGGAUUUGGAGCAUUUUGAGAGGUUUCGUGAUUAUGGUUAUUAUAGACGCAUUGAGGUUGAAGAGGUUAAAGGGGUUAUUCGCAGGAUAUGUAGAGGUAGAGCGACAGAGCCAGAUGAGAUUUUGGUGGAUUUUAAGAAGUGCACAGGAGGGGCAGGGCAAUCGACUACUGAAGCCAUCCAUCUCGUCAGAGAACUGGUGGAGCAGUAUAGGGAUAGAAAGAAGGAUUUUCAUAUGAUGUUUAUCGACUUAGAGAAGGCCUGUGAUAGAGUUCCUAAGGAGGUUCUUUGA